UCGAAAGUACAAUAUUGAAUAACAACUGAAACACUACAACAGUACAAGCUACAAAACUGCCAGCUAUAAGUGUACAACACCACGACCAUGAUUAAAGCGUAGUCUGUAUCUAAAGUCUUAAACCCUAAUGUACACCAUUCCAUUUUCCAGUUGUAGCGGGCAUAAUUUGUUGUGUGUUUUUAAAUUUUAUUUUACUUAACUUCCGACCACCUGCUGCGAUAGGGGUUCAAGUUUAAGUCUCAGCCAGAUAUAUUUCAUAUUUUCAUACAUUCAUUGUUGUGUCCUCGAAUUCCUGGACAGCAAUGCAGUUAAUUUAAGCCACAUCUGUUGAUAUCCUGCAGAUGGAAAACAAAUUAUUAGCCGAUUACGAACAGCAGUUUGGUGUGACCAGUGCCGAGAUCACAUCGAAAAUCAGCCGACUUGGUCAUAUAGCUGGCAAUGAUAGAAAUGAGUACAUCAAAGAAAUCGAACGAAACCUCGAUGAGGUACAUGAUUUGUUGGAACAAAUGGACUUGUCGGUCAAAGAAUCUGACGUGUCUAUACGCGCCAAACUGCACAAUCGAGUAGCUAGUUACAGGGCUGAACUCCACAGAUUAGCCAAGGAGUUUGCCCGGGCAAAAUGUACGGUCAACAUUGAUUUAGAAGAUGAUAAUCAUUUUGCUGAAAGUGAAGAUAUAACUUCCGAACAAAAACAGAGGUUACUAUAUACGUCUGAACGUCUUAACCAAUCAGGAAUACAAUUGGAUAAUACUUAUCGUAUUGCUGUUGAGACUGAAGAAAUUGGUUCUCAAAUACUGACAGAUUUAAAUCGUCAACGAGAAACUAUGCAUAACUCUUUUAAUAGGCUCAGAGAUGCAAAUGCAGACCUGGGUAGAAGCACUCGAAUGAUGAAUGCCAUAAUUGUACGUUCCAGACAACACAAAAUCAUACUCUUUGGUGUCAUGGCAGCAUUUUGUUUUCUUUUGGUUUUUGCAUUGUACCACACAUUCCUUUAAAUAUUAAUUCCUAUUUCAUGGGUUAACUUGUUUUAGUUUUGUUAUUGUCUUUUUAAAUUUACAAUGUAAUUGUUAUUAUUUAUACUUGAAAUAUUUUUAACAGUUAUUUCUGAAUAACUAUCUUUAAAACAUAAAAUAUUUAAAUACUUUCGUAACGAAUAAAAAUCUAUAUUAUUAACUCAAUAGAUUUCAAAUGAUAACAUCUACAAUUAUUAUUAAGGGAAUACCAUACCCAGAUGCAUUUUGUCUUAUAAAUGUACUACAUAGCAAAUAUUACGUUUACAAUAAUCCACUUUACUAUGUUAUUUUAAAAAUUUGAGUGAUUUAAAAAAUAUUAUGUACUUUAAACUAAGAUUAAAGAUCAAAUCUUAAGAGGCUUAUAUUUAUAUUUUUAUCUUAAAACAAAUUAUGAUCAUUUUAAAUUUCACAAAACAAUUGAUUUUAAAAUGCUCUUGAAUUGCUUAAUAAUUUAAUUUGAUUCUCAAAGAUGUUGUCAUUAAAUUUGUAAUAGACUAAUUCACUUUAAUGUUAUAAUUAAAAAUGAUUAUUGCAAAAGUACAAUUUUCUGUUUUUUUGUAAGACAGAAAUAACACAUGCAAGUGUUACGGCCUCUUAAGUCAAUCCAUAAUGUAUUUUAUUUAUGUGCUUAUAAACAAAUUUGAAAUUAUAUAUUUUUUUUUGACUGCCUGUUAAAACUAAUUAUUCUGGAUUGUUUAAUAUCAACUCUUAUUGGAUUAUUUUUUUUUAUUCUUCAAUAAUAAACCACAAUCUAGGUUUAUUUUUUGGAGGAUUGCUGAAAUAAAUAAUAUUUGACUAACGUUCAGUAUACA